AUGCAUAAGCCACAAGCCGUCAAUCAAUAUGAAAAUGAUGACGGCUAUGAUGAGGGCGACGACGGCGAUGAUGAUGAUGAUGAUGAUGGGGAGGAUGGUCACCUCACUGCUCAUAUACCGCACCCUGUGGAACGGCCUGAUGCGGAAGUAGAUCAUGACGCAGAUGACGACGAUGAUGAGGGCUACGGGGACGAUGAUGUAAGGGGCGGGAAUUAUGGUCACCUCACUGCUCAUGUGAUUUGCCAUCAACGCAACCAUUACUCUGUCUAG